AUGCCGAGCAUUUUUGGGAAAUCCGGCUCCACCGCCGGCCGUGCCAAGACCCGGCACAAGUCGAUCCGGGGUACCAUCUCGGCUCCGAUUCCGAUACCCACGAGUCCGGAAGACGACGAGUUCCCGAUCCGGAAUCCGGGCUCGGCCAAGGCGUCAAUAAAAACAGAUGACGAAUUUCCAAUCCGCCAGCCGGGAACUGGGGUUGCGAUCCCUCUACCAACGACUGACGGUCCUGGGUCAUCACCGGAGGAGCCCGCCGAGGGGCCACAGGUGCCUGAGCUGGGAGGCCAGCAAAAUCAGCAGCCCAGCGAGCUCGAAUCCAACCCCGAUAGCGGCACUGGACUUGGAGGCGAGCAGGAGAAAUCGCAAGGCCUUUCACCGAUUCCUGAACCGGCUUCAGGCAGUGGCGGCUCAGGAGGCACUGCCUCGCCUUCGCCGGCUGCGCCACCAGCAAGACGGGCCACAAACCCUGCUCUCAGUACUGUGCGGUAUUCCAUGAUUAGCGAUUCCAGCAAACAGACCACGCAGAGCAAAGAUUCUCCGCACCGCAAGAAGUCUACUUUGCGGUCCGCGUUGGGAAGGUUGUUCGGGCGAGGCAAAAAGAAGGCUGCCAACGGAGGGGGUCAGGACGCUCCUAGGGAUUCUGGACGCGAAUCCAGACCCCUAGGAUCUGUACAGCAUCGGAGCGACCCCACAGCGCUUACCCGCCCAAACCAAAGGUCGCCGAAGCGGUCAGCCUCUUUGCCGAUGAGCGAGUUCGAUAGACCACUUCGGUCCCACUCCGUUGGUCCUGACGAUAUCAUGGCCAUCGAGAGCUGCACAAGGCCUCGUGCCAGCCGGGGUGGCGAUAGGGCUGACCCCGAUGAUCCCAGCGAGAUUGGCCGCGCAAUUACGAGCGACAGUGGUGGCGGACUUCGGCGGCGGUCCCGGAGCCUUUCCGGAUUGCAGGGCCUGGCCGGCAUCCAGCGCGGCGGCCGCCGGCGGAGCGAUGAGAUACGCUAUUGGCGCGAGUCGUACAACCCAGGGUUUAUGUCGCCCUUGUCGUCGAAUGCGCAUGAUGAUGUCGACGACACCGGCAUGGUAGACAUCAGCGCGCCCGAGAGCCCCGCAGCCGAGAGACCUCCCAGGACCCCUCCCCAACCGUUCAACUUUGGCCUGUUGUCCAAGGAAAUGCUGGGCAUGAAGAUCACCCAUGCCGCGGACAUGGACAUGCGUCUCGGGGGCCUCGAGUCUCGGACGCUACACCUCGAGCGCGCCGUCGACAAGCUAUGCAGCACCGUCCCUGGCGUCAAGCGGGUGGUCGAUCGCAAGGACAUGGCCCGGCCCGGCAGCUCGCGGCGAUCCCUCGAGACCGACACACAAUCCCAGAUCUCCCUCAACGACUACCAAACAUACACAUCCUCCCUCCAACCACCCCCCUACCCAGCUCCCAAAGCCAAAGCUACCGCCACCACCACCACCACCACCGCAACCCCGCACACCCCCAACCGGCCCACCUCAGGCAGCACCACCGUCCGCGGCGCCGCCAGCCUCCCCACCCUCGCACUCACCGGCGGGCCCGACCCGUCCUCCCGGGACGAGGCCACCACCACCACCACCACCACGAUAGCCAAGCUCCGCGCCGACCUCGACGCCGAGCGCGCCGCGCGCCAGGCCCUCGAGGCCCAGGUCAAGAAGCUCUCGGAGCGCCUCAACACCCUGUCCACGACCAUGUUUGCCAUGGUGCGCGGGCCGUCCGAGUCGCGCUCGCACGAGCGGCUGGCGUUGGCUGGGGGUGGGAGUGGCGGUAGUGGUGGUGGUGGUGGUGGUGGAUCGGCGCUAUCGCUGCCGCUGACGCCCAAGAUGGCCUCCCCGCCGCUGCUUGCGCCGCCGCCGGCACUGUUUCCGCGGGAGCAGCUGUCCGUGUUUGAGACGGAUGACGAUGAUGACGAUGACGGUGAGGUGUCUGGGGCGCCGCUGGCCACUACUGCGAGUGCUGGCGCUGGUGCUGGUGCGGGUGCUGGGGCUGUGAAAAAGCAUGCCAGGGGGCGGGAUCUGGACGAGGGCGAGGUCACGGAGGACGAUUUCCAGACGCCGAGGGAGGGGCGGACGCCUAUGGUUGGGUAUGGCGCCUUUGGUGAGGAGCUUCGGCCUGAGGAGGAUGACGAUGACGAGGAGGGUGGGGAUGAGGAUGAUCGGAAGAGGAGGAAGGCGGCGAGGACGUUGAGCUUGAGUCAGCUUACCCUGGGGAAGGGCAAGCGGGCGAAGGUGUGA